AUGGGUAAGAGAAAGAAGUCUGCCAGACAGCCGGUGAAGCGCGUGACGUUGAAAUUGGACAAUGCCUUCAACUGUCUGUUUUGCAAUCACGAGAAGGCCAUAACCUGCACACUGGAUAAGAAAAACAGCAUUGGCUCACUAUCGUGCAAGGUCUGCGGGCAGCAGUUCCAAACCAGAAUAAAUGCCUUAUCACAGCCAGUGGAUGUCUACAGUGACUGGUUCGACGCUGUCGAAGAAGUUAAUGAAGGAAAGGCCAGUAGUAGUGAGGAAGAAAAUAGCGAUUCUGACUACGAGAGUGAUAGCGAUGCCAGCGCCACCGCUCCAAAGCAAGCUUCUGGUGCAAACGAAUACGGCGACGACUCAGAUGAAGAAGAAUACUCCGAAGACGACAGAAUCGGAAAUCGGAGAGGCAGAAACCCUCUGGUAGAAAGUGAUGAUGAAUAA